CCUUGUGAAAUAUCUAACGAUCCCAAGAAAAAAUCUUAGAUGAGCAAAUGAAAAUGAGAUUUCAGUUAAAGAAAAGAUCCAAUAAUAUUGGAUUGCAACUAGUUUAGUGGAUAAAAGUUGUCUACUACUUUUGUCUUGUGGAUAGAGUUGUCCACAUAUCUUGCAUGUGGCUAGUGUUACUCUACUCAACCAAACAUAAUCCCCAAGCUUCGUUGAAUCAUUCUCUGUUAUCUAUAUGUAUGAGCUUGUGGUCUGAAAAUUAAAUCAUGGCAGAAUCUGGACACAGAGUGAAGCUUUAGCUGAUUUGGUCUCCAUCUCGGAUCAUAAACUAUGGCGACGAACAGAAAGACUAUAGUGUGGUUCAGAAGAGACCUAAGAAUCGAGGAUAACCCCGCACUAGCAGCAGCUGCUCGCGAAGGAUCAGUCUUCCCUGUUUUCAUUUGGUGCCCUGAAGAAGAAGGUCAGUUUCAUCCAGGAAGGGCUUCAAGAUGGUGGAUGAAACAGUCUCUCGCUCACUUGAACCAAUCCUUGAAGUCUCUUGGCUCCCACCUCACGUUUAUCAAAACACAUAGCACGGUUUCCGCUAUCUUGGACUGUGUCCGCGCCACUGGUGCCACAAAAGUCGUCUUCAACCACCUCUAUGAUCCUGUUUCGCUAGUUAGAGACCAUAACGUAAAGGAGAAACUUAUGGAACGUGGGAUCUCUAUGCAAGGCUACAACGGUGAUCUAUUGUAUGAGCCUUGGGAGAUAAACUCAGAAAAUGGCAAACCUUUCACGAGUUUUUCUCCUUACUGGAAGAAAUGCUUAGACAUGUCGGUUGAAUCCGUUAUGCUUCCUCCUCCUUGGCGUUUGAUACCUCUAACUGCAGCAGCUGAAGGGGUGUGGGCAUGUUCAAUAGAAGAACUAGGGCUAGAAGACGAGGCAGAGAAGCCAAGCAACGCGCUGUUAACUAGAGCUUGGUCACCAGGCUGGAGCAACGCUGAUAAGACACUAACCGAGUUCAUCGAGAAACAGUUGAUAGACUACGCAAAGAACAGCAAGAAAGUAGUUGGGAACUCAACCUCGAUGCUCUCUCCCUAUCUCCAUUUCGGAGAAAUAAGCGUCAGACGUGUGUUCCAGUGUGUCCGUAUGAAAAAAAUCAUAUGGGCAAGAGACAAAAACACUGAAGGAGAAGAGAGCGCUGAUCUUUUCCUUAGAGGGAUUGGUCAAAGAGAGUAUUCUCGGUAUAUAUGUUUCAACUUCCCUUUUACUCACGAGCAGUCCUUGUUGAGUCAUCUUCGUUUCUUCCCUUGGGACGCUGAUGUUGGCAAGUUCAAGGCGUGGAGUCAAGGCAGGACUGGGUAUCCGUUGGUGGAUGCUGGAAUGAGGGAGCUUUGGGCUACUGGAUGGAUGCAUAACAGGAUAAGAGUGAUAGUUUCGAGCUUUGCUGUGAAGUUUCUCCUUCUUCCGUGGAAAUGGGGAAUGAAGUAUUUUUGGGAUACUCUUUUGGAUGCUGAUUUGGAGUGUGACAUCAUUGGCUGGCAGUAUAUCUCCGGGAGCUUACCUGAUGGCCACGAGCUUGAUCGCUUGGACAAUCCUGCGAUACAAGGUGCAAAAUAUGAUCCAGAAGGCGAGUACAUAAGGCAAUGGCUUCCCGAGCUGGCGAGAAUGCCAACGGAAUGGAUCCAUCAUCCAUGGGACGCUCCUUCAACUGUACUCAAAGCUUCUGGAGUGGAGCUCGGUGCAAACUACGCGAAACCCAUCGUAGAUAUCGACACAGCUCGUGAGCUGCUAACCAAAGCCAUAUCAAGAACUCGCGAGGCACAGAUCAUGAUCGGAGCAGCGCCUGAUGAGAUUGUAGCUGAUAGCUACGAGGCCUUAGAGGGUAAUCAUACCGUUAAAGUACCAGGUCUUCUUUGCCCCUCUGCGUCUUCUAAUGACCAGCGAGUACCUUCGGCUGUUCGUUACAAUGGGUUAAAGAGAGUGAAACCUGCAGAAGAAGAAGAAGAAGAAGAGAGGGAGAUGAAGAGAUGUAGAGAAGAAAGAGACUUGUUUUCCACAGCUGAGUCUUCUUCUUCUGAUGGUUAGGAGCGUGUUCUUGGUUUCGCAUUCUUCAGAAGGGAAGAACUUGGAAGAUUCUUCUGAUAAAAACAUUACUACUAGAACCUUGGGAAAAAAUGGUUAAAAGCUGUUAUUAUAAAAGCCUAACACGUUGUAGAAGUGUGUAUCUGUGUCUCUGGACUCGUUGUUACUUGUGCUGAUGCUCUCCCACUGUCAACGGAGAUGUAUGGGUGAAAAUAUAUAUAUUGCAAGUUGUUUUGUGUGUGU